CAUCAAAUUCAUUAUGCUAACCAGAAGCACAACUAUUGUGAGGAUGGUAGACCUAUCAAAGAAAAGAAAGCGUGCAAGCAUGGUAGUCUCAAAGGAAGACAUUUCUCAGAGAGCAAUCACACGGAACAUUGAUCGGAUAAGAAAUCUCAAGAAAUAUCAUAGAAGAAAAAGGUCAGAGAACCAGAUUAUGUUGAGACAGGCUAUUGAAAAUAACUUAGGUCAAAAAGCUCCUCGCAAGCUAGUCUCUUCAUAUACCAAACUAGCCCCUCUCAAGCUUUCAGGUCGAAACAAGAAGCCUUUUUCAACACCAAACGAACCCGAGAGCUCUUUCACAAAAAUAAAGUACCACACUGCUGCAAACACUCCUCUUCGCCAACGUCCUCACCACCUAAAAGCAAGCCCAAUGCUACCUAACGUUCGUGAUCUCCUACUACCUCCAUCCCUCACCCACAAAAACAACCAUGCAACACCUAACAGAGAGAAGGCACAUAAGUUCUUUCCUUCUUCAGAGAUGAGAAUUCAGAAUUUGAGCCUGAAUCAAGAUAUGAAUAUGAGCAAGAAUAAAUCGAACCCGAUAUCUUCAAAUCUGUCCUCAGGGGAUAAAAUUGUAUCUAGGAAUUCUAAACCCCCACUGUCCUCCCAGACAGAUAGCAAGAAAUCUUUGAAAGUAAAAGAUAAGGCGUGUUCUUUCUCUCAUCAAAAUUUCAAAAUUCGCAAUGACACAAAUUGUAAUUCGCUGAUCCAGUCCCUACUAAGGAGGUCAGCUCAGUUUAGGAAGAAUGUUCCAUCAAAGUUCAAACUUCCAAAACUCAGUCAAAAUUCAAUGUAGUUAUAACUUUUCAAUACUA